UCAUUGGGCGAUCAAUAAAUUCACCGCUCUCCAAUUGACGGUCUUACCACGCCCAUAUAUCAAACAGGGCACGCAUCCGAUCGAUAUAACACUCUUCCCUUUAUUAUAUAGUGACAAUGUAAAGUUGUGUUUAAUCCAGUUUCAACCAAUUGUUUUCGGAUGACUUGGAGUUUUGAAAAUAACUAAAUCGUGAAAUAUUCCAGUAUCAAAAUCAAGCAAAAGCACUCGUUUGUCGUAUGACCCCUACUUCUCCUUCUAGAUGCUCUCUUAUUGCUGGUCCUUACUUAUUUCAUUAUCUGCUAGAUCGUGGUGUUUGCUACAUUAUUCUUACAGACUCACAGUUCAGUCGCACAAAAGCCUUUGCAUUUUUAGAGGCCAUACAAACAGAAUUUUACGGCAAAUACUACCAACAAAUACAAACAGUUUCAAGACCUUACGCAUUUCUUGAUUUUGAUCACGUCAUACACAAAACUCAAAAAAUCUAUAGUGAUAGUCGGUCAUCCAAUCUUAGUCAAUUGAAUGUAGCAUUACAAGACGUACAAAGAAUCAUGGUACAGAAUAUUGAUGAUGUAUUGCAACGUGGUGAAGCACUUUCAACCUUGGACUCUCGAGCAUCCAACUUGUCUACAAUGUCCAAGAAAUACCGUCAAGAUGCCCACUCACUCAACCUUCAAUCGGCCUACGUCAAAUACAUACUUUUUUGCAUCUUGAUAUUAGUAGUUUUCACAUACUUUUAUAUUAAGUUUCUCUGA